AUGGUUAAUGAAUUAAAGAAUGAGAAAGACGUUCGUCUAAAGUUUGGGCAUGAGGACAAGGUAGACUUCGAGACUGCUCACCCUGAUUUCUUGAAGGUAGUGGCUCUAAUAAGAAUGGUUCAUGGCACUUUACUCAAAAACAUAAAGCCCUCUGAAAAACAUGCAAUCCAAAUCGAUAAACUGGUGACCUAUGGAUUACUGACAGAGAAGAGGUUUGUUCGUGUGCUGGGAAUUAAAGCUUUUGUUCCACAAACUUCACGUAUCAAGAAAAGAUACAAAUAUCAAUUAUUUAAUGUUGGGAUGUUUCCACUUGACCCUUCAACGACAGAGGAGAAACAAUUACUUGACACAUUUAUUUCAUUCUUACUAGAGGCAAGCAGAAAAGCUAUUUUUGAAGAGAACAUUCUUAUCGACACAAUUACCAAAGCGUCUAUGGGAAGAAAGAGAAUGGAAAGUUCUAUUGUCAGUGGAUAUGAUAUUUCACAAGGUGAUAAGUUGGUGGUUCAUCUCACAACAUCAUUAGACACAGUGCUUACAACAACUGUCACUCUUGAGGAGUAUCUUGUCGAGAUAAGUACUGGUCAAGGAAGAGGUACUGCUACCAAAGACAUGUUCUAUGGUGUGCUUGAUCAUUCCUCUCAACCAGUGUUUGUAAAGAUUUUCCAUUCAGAAAAACCAGAAAGGUUUGAUAUUGGAAAUAUAUUUCUUCUUCAUGACAGAGUUACUGUGAAUGAUGUGGUUUGUAAAGAACAUAUCGAGAUAUCAAUUGCAGGAGAUGAGCUCAAUACUUUUAACAAACGAUCACAUCAAGAAAAAUUGCACAUUAUUUCUCAACUGCUGCUUGAAAUUGACCACAUUCACUCAAGAAAGAUAAUUCACAAUGACAUUAAACCUAGUAAUAUUAUAAUAUUAGAGGAGGAUCAUUUAAAAUCAUUAGUUAUUAAGGAAACAGAUGCCCACGAAAAAAAAGGCCCAAACUGUUUUUGUAAAUUCAUUGAUUUUGAACUAGCCAAGCGUUUUGACAUUGAAGAUGGUGAUACUUGCAAAUUAGCAAACUUGUGGAUACAGUCAACUGCUGGAACCUCUUCUUACAAUGCUCCUGAAAAGGAAUCCACAGGGAAAAACUUUAUUCAUCCAAAAACUGAUAUCUACUCUCUUGGUUUAGUUUUUAUUGAAUUGAUAUUAGAAAAUGAUAUAGAUAAGAAACGGUUGGAAAAUACUGCUGAUGAAAUAUGGCAAACAAUUUCAAUCAAAUGCCACGAGCUAGAGCCCAAUAAGGGUAGUAUGCUAUUUGACAUGCUUAAACAAAUGGUGGCCAUAGAAAGAAAGGAAAGACCUACCACAAGAGAAUGCUUGGCAUUACUUGGAAUUACAGAUAUAGUCGAUACACAAGAUUAUAGAUCAUAUUUCUUUCCUUCCAUACGUGAUGCUUAUUCCAAUCCAGAAAAAAAUGAAUCAAAACUAAGCACUACUGAAACGAAUAACUCAACCUAUGAAAAGAAGAGAAAGAGAACUUCCUCAUCUAAUGGUGAAAUACCAAAGAAGAAAUAA